GCUGGCCUGCACCCUGUGCAAGCAGAAGACUCAAGACCUGCUUAGUUGCCUGAUUGACAAGCUAUGAGUUCUGUGCCUCUGCGAAUGACUCUGAAUGAUGGUCACUUCAUCCCUGUACUGGGGUUUGGAACCACUGUGCCUGAGAAGGUUGCUAAGGAUGAACUUAUCAAGGCUACCAAAAUAGCUAUAGAUGCUGGGUUCCGGCAUUUUGAUUCUGCUUAUUUGUAUGGAAUAGAAGAGGAAGCAGGACAAGCCAUUAGAAGCAAGAUUGCAGAUGGUACUGUGAAGAGAGAAGAUAUAUUCUAUACAUCAAAGCUUUGGAGCACUUUCCAUAGACCAGAAUUGGUUCGAUCUUGCUUGGAAGCAUCACUGAAGAAAGCUCAAUUGGACUAUGUCGAUCUGUAUAUUAUUCAUUUCCCAAUGGCUUUGCAGCCUUCAGAUAAGCUAUUUCCAAGAGAUGAGCAUGGAAAUCUGUUGGUGGACCCGGUGAAUCUCUGUGACACAUGGGAGGCUAUGGAGAAGUGUAAGGAUGCGGGACUAGCCAAGUCCAUUGGGGUGUCCAACUUUAACCGCAGGCAGCUGGAGAUGAUCCUGAACAAGCCAGGGCUCAAGUACAAGCCUGUGUGCAACCAGGUAGAGUGUCAUGUUUAUCUCAACCAGAGCAAAAUGCUGGAGUAUUGCAAGUCCAAGGACAUCGCUCUGAUUGCCUACUGUACAUUGGGAAGUUCACGAGACCCAAUAUGGGUGGACCAAAGCAGCCCAAUACUUUUAGAAGAUCCAGUUCUUUGUACCAUGGCAAAGAAAUACAAGCAAACACCAGCCUUGGUUGCCCUUCGUUACCUGUUGCAGCGUGGGAUUGUGACCCUGGCUAGGAGUUUCAAUGAGAAGAGGAUCAAAGAGAUGAUGCAGGUUUUUGAAUUCCAGUUGACUUCAGAGGACAUGAAAAUCAUAGAUGGUUUGAACAGAAAUUUAAGAUACAAUUCUGGAGAUUAUUUUCAUGGACAUCCCAAUCAUCCAUUUACUGAUGAAUAUUAACAUGGAGACCCUUUUCUGAAUUCCUACCAGAAGAUCUAUUUAUGCAUCAUGAUAUGAGACAAGUCUUGGAUACUGGUCAUUGAACACAUCACUUCUUAUCAGACCUCCUUGUCUUUGUCAAUUCACAGUCAGCUAAAGCUAAGUCCCCAGAGCUGUGUGAGAAGUUUGAAAGACAGCAUCAAGAUUAAAGAUACCAAAAUUUCUUACAUUU